UGCUUGUGAUUGGUGGAGGGGCUUGGCUUUUGACCAAUCACUGAGUGUUUCCUUGCACAGCCCGUAACAUUACAUUCAGCGGACCAACAGUGUGCUCAAGGUGUUCUGUCCUGACAGGAUGGGGGUGCUGUCCACGCUGCUGAGGGGUCUGGUGCGAGGCGCAGACCGGAUGGCUGAGUUCACCAGCAAGAAGGGCGCCCGGACCCACAACAAGGGCCGGGGCUCCAGGCCCACCGGGCUGAGGCUCUCCAGCAGGAAGUUCAUCAGCAUCCGGAGCAUGAUCCCGGAGUUCGUGGUGCCCGACCUGGAGGGAUUCAAGCUGAAAGCCUACGUCUCGUACCGCUGCCCCCGGGGAACCGAGCCGCCGCUCACGGCCCGGAGCGUGUUCGCCGACGUGGUCGCCCCUCAGAUCAAGAAAGACUUUCAGGAGGGCGUCUUCAACAAAGAACAGCUGGAGAAAUAUGGGUUUGAGAGCCAACAGGAGGGGAAGCUCUUCAAGCUGUACCCCAAGAACUAUGUGCGCUAAAGUGUGUGUGUGUGUGUUCAGGGGAACAUCUGUUCCUACAUGUGAUGACUUGAUCCGGCUAAAUAAAUCACAUGGGUCUAUAAUC